AUGGAGGUCCUACCGCAGCUUGUGCCACGGGCCCUGAUCCAAAUGAGCCCGGCUGAGCUUCACGAUUACUACCGCACGAUCACAGAGAACGUUACGAUUGAGCAGCAAGAACGAAUCGUCGCUCAUAUCAUUACGCAAGUCCACGAUGCUGCGAUUCCGCCGUCAAUCUUCGGCGUUUGGCUGUCUUUGAUCCUACAUCGUUCCCCGCACCUGCUAAAGCCCGUGCUUUUGGAUCCGAAGUCGCAAUAUAUUCGCAAGGCCGGCCUGAAACGCUUGUCUCGAGCUUUCCGCAAGCCGUAUUGGAAGAGAGAAGCCUGGGAUGCAGUUGGCGGUGCGGCGGGCUUGUUCGAGAUCUUCCAGACUGUGGGUUCUGCCCAGGUCAAGUCGCUGGCGAGGAUAGUUGGGGAGGGAAUGUCACAAAAGACUGCUUAUGCGCAAGAGGUCGAUAAGCUGGUUCAGGCCUUGUUGUUCGACCCCUCAAUCUUCCAAGAGGGCACGCAGCUCCAUCGAAGUCCCAGACGGCUCCCAUUCGGCGAUGUACACCCGCUCCUUCAAGCGUGCAGCGAGUCCUUCCUUCUGGAAGUGUCCGCGUAUGACUCGCCUUCGCCGUUACUGAGCUUCUUCAAAGUACUUGCAAAAUGUCGACCGAAUCUUCUCCGGCAGAUAGCCACCGGAGCGGUGACAGUGGAUGCGUCGACUCGGCUGGAGUUACUGAAACGUCUCCCGACAGAGCUUUUCUUGUCAUUUGAGCCGUAUCCUAUGCAGCCGAUUUCCAGUUUGCAGGUCUCCGAAUUUGCAACCCCGGGGUUAUGCUUUUGUUUACACUUGAUUCACUCCCUUCGCACCGAACCCAUUGAGGAAAGCAAGUUGUCGAAUGAGUUGAUUUUAAACUGGGUUGUGCGUUCCAUAUCCGAUGCUCGUGACAAGGGAACUCCCUUUAGUGAUAUUUUGACAUUACUCCGGACGGCCGCAGACCUAACCCCAACUCGAAGUAAAAGAUUGGUUCCAUUUUCACAUCCAUUCUUUGCGCUACUAGCCCAGUUAUGGGCCUUGUCAGCCGAACAAAGCCCUGGUCAUGUGGAUAACCAUCUCCUCGACCGCCCUUCUCGACCUAAUAGCAGUGACAAUGAAAGCUUGCAGAGUCUCAUUAUACAUUUGAUUCAAGCCCUUCCACAUGACGCAAUCACUCCCUCUUCUAUUACAACUCCCGACUCGCCGCUGAUGACAUUAUUCCGCCAUCUGGAUAGUGCCAUUCAUAAACUAAAACUCACAAAACUCUUCUCUCUCUAUGCUCCUGGUAUUCAGAUCGACUUGGAUGCUUCCCCUGCUUCUGCAGAACAAUGGCGUCAUUUUCGUUGGAACGGCGAAUUUAUCAAGAGUCUUCCGGUGGACGAUUCUAGGUGGCUAUUUGAACGGAUUGAUGGUCUGGGUCUUGUCCGUCGUACUAUCACUUUCCGCUAUCGUUGGGGAUCGGGUGAUAUUUUGGGGGAUUCGAAUUGGUACAAUAUAGGGCUGUUGAAAACUAAAUGGGAAGCGCAAAACGAACUGUCCAACGACAAUGCGCCAAUCGCCAAUCAAUUUCUGGCAGAAGUCAAAGCAAAAGCGGAGCGUGAGCGCGAUGAGGUUCCGCGAUUAGCGUGGGCCAAAGGGGCAGUUGAAAUCGUCCGUGAAAGCAAAAAUAUACAGCUUCUGAAAGGGGUAAGCAACUGGGCAUCUAGAUUUGUGCGCGAUCCUGUGAGUUAG